AUGUCUGGCAUUCAAUGGCGAAACGAAGCUCCGCGUAGUCUCGUCGACCUGAUAGAAGAGUUCCGUGCCACGCCGUCGUCUGGCAACCCUUCUGACAACCGAGGCACCACACACUUAUUGCGUGCCAUCUGCCAGCGACCCGGUUGCCGCUGCGCCCUGCGUGGUCAUGACAGCCUUAUGGUGUUCACCGUUUUCGACGCCAGCUUUGCCUACGCGACCUGGGAGCGCAUUUUGACGGGCCCGGGUGCCACUUUAGGAGCCAGUGGUCCUCCUCUCCUCGCCUUGCCGACAAAUAGCAAAACAACCAAACAACUUGCCUGUUCGGUGGCCACCAGUCUGGGCGGCUCCGUUGCAGCCGGGCUGGGAGGUACCGAGAUUCAGGCCAGGAUGAUGGUGUUCAGACAAUGCCGCGGCUGGUACGAGGUUCUCAACGAAAGUCAUCAGUCCAUUCCACACUGGACGACGCUGGAACAGCUGCAUCGAGCUCGUCCCUCCACCUUCCUUCUCCGCAAGGAGUUGCGUUGUCUACUUUCUCCGGCCAGCCUCAGCUUGGUCGCUUGUACAUCUUCACCCAUUGGCCAGGGUGGUCGUCACGCCCAGCCGUCGACCGGCCAGCAGCAUCAGCAACUGCAGUCGGUACCACAUCUUCCCAUCUCCUCAGCAGCCCUGAUUGCUCAGGCCACUUCACCCGAAACCUUGGCCGCCAGCCAACCACACAUUCUACCCACUGGCUCCCUCUUGCACUAUAUCGACUAUCUGCCCAACUGUUCAUUUCGCCGUGGCAAGCAUUCUAAGAAUGUCAAUUUGGUACUGGCGAUGGAGCGCCAAUCGACUUCCAGUCGGAUGAAGGAGCCGACCGAUCUGGCCGCGUCCGACCCGGCUUCCGGAGGUCAGCCACGACGCCAGCUGCCCCAAGUCGUGUACAUCGGUACCGAAGAGUCUGCUGUCACGGGUGUCUCGGCUGUUUUGCCUCCGCGGCUGGCCUGCAGCCCUGUAGCUGGGCCCGAGAACAUCUCCGGCGUCCACUCAAUGGCCAGCAUUCUACGCAAGUUUCGACUGCCCAUUUCCGUUCGACCGGUCGCCGUUCCCGAGAGCAAGACGGCCACGACCACCAGCCCGGCUCCACUCACAGCGCCCACCGGCGGCACACUCACCGCCGUCACCGGCCAGGUGCCGGCAGAGUUGACUCGAUUCCCGCUCAUGAACGGACUGGUCUACACUGACCGCCACCUCUUACGACUGCGAUCCAUCUACCGCGGAGACCUGCUAAUUAUUGCACCCACCUCUUCGCCGGAGCGAUUCUUCCUCAUCACACCUGCCAUGCUUCAGGACCAUCUCUUCCAGGUGGGCACUUCCGUGGACCCGGUCCAUCAGCGCCUCUGUGCCGGUCACAGGAGCAGGACGGCAAACUUCUUGGCAACCGCGCACCCGCGUGACUCCUUGAGCUAUCUGCUGCGCUACAUGCAAGAGAUCACACAUCAGCCAAGGCCGCCACCGGGUGUCAAGUCAGUCGGCAAUCAGAACGCCAAACCGAUAGACGAGACUGGCGGAGAACAUGAGAGUGCCAAAAUGUGGCCACCAUUACAGAUCCCGCUGGAGGAGGCGGAGCAAAUCUACGAAGAACUAGAUGAUAUAUACUAUUUCAUCAGAAACGGCUACUAUCCGCCAACUAGCAGGGCCCGUCGCGCGUCUACGCUGCAUCCACCGGCUGUGGCUGGAUCCAACGCUCAGCCGGCCGCGCUGCAACCGGGCCUUCCAACCGUUGCUGUGGCACUACAUCAAGCCGGACAGCAACCCAGUGGUCCUGUGGGCUUAGUGAGGCCAGCCUUAGGUCCUGGCCCUGGGGCGGUAGCUGUGAGUGGGACGGCGGCAGUCACCUCCGGUGGGACAGUAAAGUGGCCACAGUCACAAAGGCUGAACCAUGUGCCCACAGCAGAGGAGCUACUCGCCGCUUCUUUGGGUCAAGAUGCCACCAGCCUUGGCACUACGGCAUGGGCCAACGCUAACACCGGAACAUACAACCUCUGA